AUGGUCCAGACGGCCGGCAUGAACCCGUUCAUGACGAAGUUGAACCCUGGCGACCAGUUGCUGAACCUUUCGUUGUCUGCAAAAAUAAAGGAACCCUUGUUGAAGUCAACUCCGUUGGUUUUGCAACCAAUAGGCAGAGCAAUGAAGAAGAGCACAAUCAGACCCAAAUUACAGACGAUCGAGAACGUCUGGAGUCUGGACACAAAGCCCGACGCAAAACAGGUGAUGGCGAUGUGCGACACCACACAUGCAGCGUACACGCCAACACAAGGCACCAACCAGGGCGACCGAGUUGGUGUUUCCAACCAAGUACGAGAGGAACACUCUGAUUCUCUCUGGAGCAUAGAAAUAUGUCCAGUAGAACAGACCACCCGAGGUUGGCAAACUGCUACCAAGCUCUGCCAUGCUGAUUGCAAUAAACAAAACAAACGUGGACGCAAUUGCCCAUCCCCAAACCAGCGUGAUGGUUCCUCCGGUAAGACCCUGAGCCAGCACACUGGCAAUCGAUGGGAGCAGUCCCAUAAUACUGAAAGCCACACCAAAAACCUGGAGCGUGGAAAAUUUACGCUUCAGUUCCUGUUUGUAGCCGAUUUGUGCGAGCAACUCGUUGUCCGAUUGCGCCAGCUUGGCGUCAAUAACCUCGGGCCGCUCCAUAUCGCGGUACCUGCUGUAGGUGAUGGUAACAUCGUGGGAUUCGUGGGUGUCCAUUUUGGUGCACAAAAACCUGGCUGGCUGUUUGAAAUUGUCUGA